AUGGCCAAAAUAUUCUCAAUGUCACUCAACAGUCCCUUCGACAAGCCAUCGGUGUUGUUCCUCAGAUACGGCAGACAUUCAGCAGGACCCGAGGAGGUUCAAGCUGCCGCCCGUGCUGCUGAAAUUCAUGAGCGUAUUGAGGAAUUCCCUCAGGGUUAUGAGACUGUGGUUGGUGAAAGAGGUCUUAAACUCUCCGGUGGCGAGAAGCAGCGUGUUGCAAUCGCACGAACCGUGCUCAAAUGUCCUCAGAUUAUCCUCCUCGACGAAGCUACGUCUGCUCUGGAUACAGGCACUGAGAGCUUAAUUCAGGAUAGCCUUAGCAAGAUUUGUGAGAACAGAACAAGCAUCAUCAUUGCCCAUCGCUUGUCCACAGUGCGGAAUGCGGAUGAGAUCCUCAUGCUGCAUCAGGGAGAGAUUGUGGAGAGAGGAAGCCACGAGGAGCUUUUGGCCAUUCCAAAUGGCCGUUACGCCAUGUUGUGGACGAAGCAAACCACAAUGGAUAUCUCCAAUCAGGAGUGA